UCUCCUGCAGUUUCACGUUUCAUCUCGACAGCGUAACAUCGGAACGCAAUUGCGUCUUGGGCCGAGUUUCAGCUCCGGCCUCGACGCUCUUGAACAAGGAGAAAAUGGCUUCCAAUUGGAUCUUGCUCAUGACCAUCGGUCUCCAACUCUUUACCGGGUCAAUCUGCACCGUCUCUGAUGAGCCCGCCUUCUGCAGCGCUGAAUUUGUGCUGAAGCACAUCUUCCUGCUGGUCCCAUCGCGGGAUGAGCUGCCCCACCUGACUAGAUACUUGAGCUUGAUCCGGUCGGUGACGAUAGCGAGAAACCCGGACGAUGAUAGUCUGGUGCACGUGAUGAGCGACCCGGAGGACAGGGAGGCCAUAUAUCGACACACGAUUGAGCGCAACGUUUACGUGUCGCAGACGCCGUACUGCGUGCCGAAGACGGAGUUCUCGGCACUGCAGGAACAGCGAGCGAACCGAACGCUGUUGGAAAAGCUGCGAGGAAGCAACGUGUUGGGGAACCUGAUAGACCGGGAACCAGCGACGGACGACGAGCGGACGGCGACGAAGGAGCAGAACGGGGCGAUGAUGCGGUUGCUGAAAAACGGUCGUCUGCCGAGUUUCUCCCGACGGUUUAUCAGGGCGGCCGACGCGACGCCGCUUGGAAAACAGUCGAACGCGGCUGAGCCCAGUCCGGGUCACGUGAUGGCAGCAGCGACCAAUGGGAUAGCGGCUCGCGUGGCGCGUUAUCAGAUGAGGGCGAGCGCGGAGAGCGUGCCGCACUCGCGGUUGGUGAAACGUCAAGACGACGACGUUGUUACGACCCCCGUCACGACGACGGUGGACAUCACAGCGACGGAGGGCGCAGGGCCCACACUAACGCCACCACCCCCGCCGCCACCGCCGCCGCCGCUACCGAACAGAUCGAACCAAAAUCAGGGAAAGGGAAAAUGGCAAGGCGGGAAGCGGGACGGCGUCAGGAACCCCCAAUCUGCGGUGAAAUCGCAGAAGUCGCAUGUCCACGGUAAUCAAAAACGCACUACAUCUUUACCCGAGUCGCUGAAGGCCAGGGGAAAGGUUUCCAACCGAAAGUCGCCGAACAGGGAAGAGGGAAAGGGCAGGGGAAUUGGCCACAAACAAGGAGCCCAGGGAAAGCAUGUCGUACCGCCUUCCGACGAGGACGAUGCAAAUCGCUCGGCCGACGAACUCGUGAACGAUAUCGGCUUGUCGACCGAUGCGGCCCCGUGGUUGAUUCAGUGCAUCGCGGAGGCACCCGAUACUAAUCACAAUCUGUCUGAUCAUCUUUAUAAAAUGUUCAGGUAUGCCAAGAGAAUGGAAAAUCAAAAGAGAAAGGGGUAACCGUAUUCCUAUGAUGUCUCGUUUCUGUUUAUUGUAUGACAAUUAAUUUACGUUUUAUUAAUAUCGUAUAAAAUAUAUAUAUAUAUAUAUAUACAGAUAUAUAUAUAUAUAUAUAUAUAUAUAUGUAUGUAUGUACAACUAUAUCUGCAAACUUAACAAUUCUCGUUUAUAUAUACGUAUAAUGAAUCGAGAAGAAAUAUAAUUUAUAUACGUUAGUUUUUUUGCACAUCUUGUACCUUACAGUCGCUUUUGAACGCGGUCGGAUUUGUAGUCAGCGUGUAACGAGACAAUCGCUGACUCUUAUUGCAGAGCUGCCGAAAUCAUGCUGAGCGUCCGAAUUGGUCGAAAUUUUUUAUCCUCUCCGGUUAUAUAUCUCGUAGUCUUCUUAUAGGUAGAAUUGCUAGAUAGUAACGGUGGAUUAGUAACAAUACGGGCAUCUGCGAUUAAUGCGCGGCCUUCGUCCGAGUCGCCUAGAAAAAGUAU